UGGCCAAGAGGCUGAGUUUAAUCGUUUACGUUUGUUAGAAACUAGAUUAUACUAAAUUUUUAGUGCAAGUUUUAAUUAUUAGAUCAUUAAUUAAUAAAAUACAGUACACAAAUAUUUUUUGUUUGGUGAGGCCAUAAAAUUAAUAAGUAAGACCGAAUUCUCCUGGGUUGAUGAAGAUAAACAAUGCACGACUAAAGCUUAUUGCAAUGUGUGUAAAAAAAGCAUUUACUUAAGUUCCAUGGGUAAGACAGCUCUAACAAGUCAUGCAAAAGGUAGUAAGCAUGGUUUGAAAUUGAAAUUUCAAAAGGAAAGCUCAAAAGUCGACCGUUUCCUCACACAAAAUUCGACUGCAGAAACAACAGCAGUAGUAUCUGCUUCUGCUAAAAAAGGACCAAGCGAAGGUCUCAAUAAUGCUUUAAAGGACUCUGGUAGCAUGCUAAAGAAUUUUUUGACUACUGAAAAAAAGUCACGAGAGCUGAAAUCUCGAGGUGUCUCACUACAGUGUCAAAAGAUUUUAGCAAUCACGGUGCUGCCAAAGCUGUGACUAUGUUCGCCGACAUGUUUACGGAUAGCGAAAUAGCCGCCAAAAUGAAGCUACAAAAAGAUAAAAUGGCAUACAACAUUACAUAUGGUAUAGGUCAUCAGUUUUAAAAUAUAUUUACAAGAAUUGUUAGCAACAUCCGGACAUAUAGUUGUGGGCUUCGAUGAAAGCCUGAAUAAAAUUUCCCAGACACAGCAGAUGGAUUUAAUUGUGCGUUUCUGAAAUACCGUUUAGAAUGAUGUCAUAAUUAGGCAUUUUUCUUCGGUAUUCCUCAACAGCACGGUUGCAGUUAAAUUGAAGCAAGGGUUAACGGAUGCAUUGGGAGACAAGAAUCUAUGUAAGCUUGUUCAGAUUUCUAUUAAUGGCCCUCCUGUUAACUUCCGCAUGCUAAACGAUUUGAAGAAAGAUGUUAUAGCAAAGUAUCCUGAGAAUCCUAUUCUACUAGAUCUGGGCAGCUGUGGUCUUCAUACUGUACGCGGUUCAUUCAAAACUGGGAUGAAGAAAACACUGAGUCUGAUAUAUUUCCACUCAAGUUUUUUGAUGUUAGGUGGGUGGAAAAUAUAUUGGUUUCCUCAAGAGGAGCUGCGAUGUUGUCACUUUUGCGAAUCUGGGUUAAGCACGUUGAAGAUUAAGGCAAAAAAAUCCAAUCAACAAAGAUCAUACGAAUUCCAAUCAUGAUGCUCCGCUGGCACCGUUUUUGUGUCGCGAUCUCACGUACAUGGUACCCACAAUAAUGGAACGUUUUGAAAAACCAAAAGUCUUAGAAGAGGUUCUGACAGUUGCACAAGUGGACCUAUCGAAUCCGAAGAUUCUGCUGCCAGUUGCUGAUAUAGACGUGGGAUUUGAAACUAAAGGCCCUCUCUUAGCAUCUAAAGUUCCAGCAGAACAAAUAACAAAAUUUAAAACUUAUGCUCGUGAAUGCUAUCUCUCGAUGACGAAAAAACUGAUGGACAAAAGUCCUCUAAAGUACUUAUUCACUAAGACUAUUUCUUGCCUCAAUCUUUCUGUGAUUUUAGAGAGCCCAUCAUUUUCUAAGAAGCGUCUCUUCACAUGUCUAGAUAACUUAUGUAUUAACAACAAAUGGCUUUCUGGAUCAAAGGCGGAUAAAAUAAAGUUAGAGUAGAAAGAGCUGUGUAACUUGUCUCAAACGAUGGAUGCUCUAAAAAAUUAGGACCGUAAAAACUAUCGAUUAGAUCACUUUUGUAUAGACUCUUUUUCUGCGCCGGGAAAAAAUUAUGAGAACUUAACAGAAUUUGCAACAAUGAUACUUAUUCUGUCCCAUGAAAAUGCAGCACUCGAACGAGGAUUUUCAAUCAAUGAAGAUUGUUUAGUCGAAAAUCAGAGAGAGGACAGUCUGAUUGCUGCACGUGUCGUGUAUGAUACCAUCAAAUUUUUUGGACGUAUAAAAUCGGUUCCAAUAACAGAUGGCUUGCGUGAAUCUGCCCGUAAUGCACAUUACGUUUAUGUUGCUUCGAAGAACGCUAAACUGGCUGCAAAUAAAAAAGAUUUAGAGAAAAAGCAAGCAAAGAAGAAAAAAGUAGAAGCCAAAGAGCUUGAAAACCAAAAAAUAAAAAUUCUGAAAGUAGCUGCAAAGAAGGCAGAAGAUUUACAAGACAAAAUCAAUGCUCUAAAAGGGCGCUGUCGUGCAGCAUAAUGCUUAAUGCGUUUCCAUUAUAUAGUUUGUAUGCAUAUGAAAGUAUAAUAUUUAUACUUGUAUUUUAUUUUUUGAUUCUUUAGAUUUUAAUAACAUUUAA